AUGGCUGCUGUAGACUCAUCUUAUUCGACGCCCAAGUGGUGGAAAGAAGCCGUCGUGUAUCAAAUCUAUCCCGCAAGUUUCCAAUGCCACUCUGGCGUCACUUCAGGAUGGGGCACUGUCAAGGGUAUCACGUCGCGACUCGACUACCUCAAGUCACUGGGUGUCGACGUAGUAUGGUCAUCGCCCAUACUCAAGUCGCCCCAGGCCGACAUGGGCUACGACAUCGCCGACUAUAAGAAAAUCGAUGAGCGAUACGGUUCACUAGAGGAUGUUGACGAGCUGGUCGCCGAGCUUAAGAAGCGAGAUAUGAAACUCAUGAUGGAUCUGGUGGUCAACCACUCAAGCAACGAGCACCCGUGGUUCCUCGAGAGCCGAUCGAGCCUUGAUAGUCCCAAGCGCGACUGGUAUAUCUGGAAGAAGCCGAAGAGCGUCGGCCCAGAUGGCUUACCCGAGCCACCGAACAACUGGGCCCAGAUCCUGGGCGAGGCUAAUUCGGCUUGGACCUACGAUGAGAAGACUGCCGAGUUUUAUCUCAGCUUGUUCACACCGGAACAGCCCGACCUGAACUGGGAGAACCCAGAGGUGCGAAAAGCAGUCUGGGAUGUCAUGCAUUUCUGGAUGAAACGAGGCGCCAGUGGUUUCCGGAUGGAUGUCAUCAACCUAAUCUCCAAGGACCCUGAGUAUCCCGACGCGGACGUAGUUUUAGGUCCUGGACACAAGUAUCAGCCCGGGACUAAGUACUUCGUCAAUGGGCCCAAGUUACACGACUACCUUCAUGAAAUGCAUGAAGAGGUGCUAGGCAAGUAUGAUACCAUCACGGUCGGCGAGAUGCCCGGCGUCAGUGACGUAAAGGAGGUUAUCCGGAGCGUCGGUGCCAACUCGGAAGAACUGAGAAUGAUAUUCAUCUUCGACUUGGUCGACAUCGACAAGCCGAACGUGAGGAUGGCUCUCAAGCCUUGGGAUGUCAAAGAGAUGAAGUCUAUCAUUACUAAAUGGCAACGGGCCAUGAUUGAGAAUGAUGGUUGGAAUUCGGUGUUUAUCGAAAACCACGACAACCCAAGGUCGGUCUCGCGGUACACCAACGACAGCGAUGAAUGGCGCACGAAGGGCGCCAAGCUCCUCUCUAUCAUGCAGACAACACUAGGGGGUACACUCUUCGUCUACCAGGGCGAAGAGAUCGGCCUUCGCAAUAUCCCACCCACCUGGGACAUCUCCGAGUUCAAGGACAUCGAGACCAUCAACUACUGGAAGAAGUGCCUACAGCUGUACUCGGACGACAAGGAGAAGCUUGCCUACGGACGAAAGAUCAUCGACAUGAAAGCGCGUGACCACGCUCGAACGCCGAUGCAGUGGAAUGCAAAGGAUAACGCCGGAUUCUGCGACGCAGACACGAAGCCAUGGAUGCGAGUCGUAGACGAUUAUAAGACGGUAAACGUCGAGGCCCAGCUGGCAGCAGAUGACCCCAACGAACAUUCCGUCUGGCAGUUUUGGCAAGAAGCGCUGAAACGCAGGAAAGACCACGCUGACGUAUUCGUAUAUGGCGAUUUCCAGGAGUUGGCGGCAGAGCACGCAGAUGUCUUUGCCUACGUCCGUACGAGCAUCGAGGGCGAACGUUGGCUCGUAAUUCUUAACUUCUCGGGGAAGGAGUUGGAGUGGACGGUGCCUCGGGAGUUUGAGGUCGAAUCCUGGAUCUGCGGUAACUACGGGAAAGGUGUCCCAGAUAAGCCGAAGCAGUCAGGUGUACCCCUGAAGCCUUGGGAAGGUGUUGUUGGAAAGUGUCGUUAG